GCUGCCGAUCGAGUGCGUCAAUGUCCGGGAGAUAUACGUCGUAAUACUCGGUUUGGGUAGGACCCUGGCUGUGAUGUAGCAGCUAGCUAAACAUUGACCUUCUCGAUAUAUAUAUAUAUAUCCUUGACUAAUUAGCUCGCCGAUUCCCCUGCCCUGCAUAUAAAACUAUAAUUUCCACAAAUUGGAAAGAAGAAGAGGGAGAAGAUCAAGAAGGAGGAGGAGGAGGAGGUUGGGUAGUUUCAUGCAUUCUCGUCCCUGAUCAUGGGGAACGAGAGAUUUGUGACCGUCGUUUUGGUUGUUUUCUUGGCUGUUGCUGCUGCUUCGAAGGAUUUGGAUUACAAGGAUGCUCUGUCUAAGUCUCUGCUUUACUUCGAGGCGCAGCGCUCCGGCAGGCUGCCCUACACCCAGCGCGUCGCCUGGCGGGGUCACUCCGGCCUCACCGACGGGCUGCAACAAGGAGUGGACUUGGUCGGGGGAUACUACGACGCCGGCGACCACGUCAAGUUCGGCCUGCCGAUGGCCUUCACCAUCACAAUGCUGUCGUGGAGCGUGAUUGAGUACGGGGAGGAGAUCGCCGCCGCCGGAGAGUACCGGCACGCGCUGGAGGCCAUCAAGUGGGGCACCGAUUACUUCAUCAAGGCUCACACCCACCCCUUCGUCCUCUGGGCCGAGGUCGGCGACGGCGACACCGAUCACUACUGCUGGCAGCGGCCGGAGGACAUGACGACGUCGCGGCAAGCGUACAAGAUCGACAAAGAGAAUCCCGGGUCGGACAUCGCCGGCGAGACGGCGGCUGCCAUGGCGGCCGCCUUCAUCGUGUUCCGCAAGUCCAACCCCAAGUACGCCCGCCUCCUCCUGCAUCACGCUCGACAGCUGUUUGAGUUCGGGGACAAGUACCGGGGCAAGUACGACAGCAGCAUCCGUGAGGCGAAGAGCUACUACCCGUCGUGGAGCGGGUACGAGGACGAGCUGCUGUGGGCGGCGCUGUGGCUGCACAGGGCGACAGGGCGGAAGGAGUACAUGGAGUACGUGGUGGAGAACGGCGGCGCGUUCGGCGGCACGGGGUGGGCGGUGACGGAGUUCAGCUGGGACGUCAAGUUCGCCGGCGUUCAAAUCAUGGCGUCCAAGCUACUGCAAGACGAGAGAAAUCUAACGAAGGCCCAAGUAACGGAGCUGGAGCAGUACCGAGCAAAGGCGGAGCACUACGUGUGCGCUUGCCUCCACAAGAACGCCGGCGACGACGACGGCAGCGUCAACGUGCACCGCUCCCCCGGCGGCAUGCUCUACGUCCGCCAGUGGAACAACAUGCAGUACGUCACCGGCGCCGCCUUCCUCCUCGCCGUCUACGCCGCCCAGCUGGAGGCGGCGGGCGGGCGGCUCCGCUGCGCGGGCGGCGACGCGGGGCCGGAGGAACUGAUGGGCCUGGCGAAGUCGCAGGCCGAGUAUAUUUUAGGCGCGAACCCUAUGCGGACCAGCUACUUGGUGGGCUUCGGGCCCAAGUAUCCAGGGCGGGUCCACCACCGUGGGGCCUCCAUCGUGACGUACAAGAGGAGCAAAGGCUUCAUCGGGUGUAUGCAGGGAUACUACGAUUGGUAUGGAAGGCGGGGAACAAACCCAAAUGUGGUAGUUGGUGCGAUAGUUGGGGGACCAGAUGGCCGAGACCAAUUCAGGGACGACCGCGGAAACUACAUGCAGACGGAGGCUUGCACAUAUAAUACCGCACCGAUGGUGGGCUUGUUUGCCAAGUUGCACCACUCGACGACGACAUCGUUGUCAGCUCGAUCGUCCAAGGAAACGCCGACGAUACGGCAAGUGGUGUCGAGAAGAGCUAUUUAUAGGGAGAGGGCUGAUUAGAGAGGGGUGGGCGGAUGGAUUUUGAUUGAUUUGCAUUCUUUGGAGGAGGGUUAAUUCCUUCCACGGGCAAUUCAACAAGCAGCUUGUGGAAUGGAGUCGGGUCAUACGACAAAUGAUUGUUCUUUGUAACGAGAUGUAUAAGUUUGUCGACUGUGAGUAGCGUAUACUUGGAAGAAAGGGGCCAAACGUGGUACAUAUAUAUACACAAUAAAAAUUAAGCACGUCCUCCCAUUUCUCUUGUUACAUUUUCAUAAAAGGAGACUCUUCCAUCCUUAAAUAUAA